CGUAGGAACAGUAAAGCUGUACAGUGUAAUUAAAAUUUUACAUAGAAUCUUGAGUAAUUUGGCCAGGGACUGUAUAUUAUAUACAGUGGGAUAAUAUAGUUCAAUAUUUUUUAGGAGCAAUGUUGAUGGCAAUCUACUUAAAAGGAUUAAAUGAUUUUGAAACAGCCGAGCUAACCAUGGCAAUGACGAGUUCUUCUAAUGCUUUUGUUUGGCCCGAAUCAUACAAAGAUUUUGUAGUAGAUAAACACAGCACUGGAGGAGUAGGAGAUAAAAUUAGCCUCAUUUUAGCACCAGUAUUGGCAGCACUUGGCUUGAAGGUACCUAUGGUAUCUGGAAGGUCUUUAGGACAUACAGGAGGAACACUUGAUAAAUUAGAAUCGAUUCCUGGUUAUAGAGUUUCCUUGACAAAACAAGAAAUUCAAUCAGCAUUAGAAAAUGUAGGAUGUUGUAUUGUAGGGCAAACUGAAGAUUGUGCACCAGCAGAUAAAGUACUCUACCACUGUAGAGAAAUUACAGCCACUGUAGAUUGUGCAUCACUUAUUAUAUCUUCCAUUUCAUCGAAAAAAUUGAGUGAAGGUCUUAAUUCAUUAGUUUACGAUGUUAAGUAUGGGAAAGGCUCAGUUUUUAAAUCAAAAGAAGAAGCUCUAGAUACUGCUAAAAGCCUGGUUAAUGCAUCGAAGAGCGUUGAUGUUGUUGCUUUGUUAACAUCAAUGGAAAAUCCUCUUGGAAGGAAUAGUGGGAAUUCUUUAGAAGUAUUGGAAUCGAUAGAAUGCUUAAGAGGAGGAGGGCCUGACGAUAUCUUACAGCUUGUAACUGCCUUAGGUGCUGAACUUUUACACUCUACCAAACACCUUGAGCGAGAAGUAGGUGCAAAACAUAUAUCUGAAGCACUGAAAAAUGGAGAAGCAUUAAAGAAAUUUUAUGAUAUGAUUACAUUCCAAGGGGUUUCGAAAAGCAUUGCACAUGAACUUUGUUAUGGAGAUUCUUCACAAGUUUUAAGAAAAGCACCUUACCAGACGAAUAUUACUUAUUCUGGCUUUGAAGGUUACAUCGAAAACAUUGAUCCAUUAAAAUUGGCUAACAUAUGGAAAGAAGAAGAAUAUAUAAGUCAGAAUAAUCCUGGUAUUGGUUUCACUCUUCUAAAGGCUAUUGGAGACAAAAUAUGCAAAGGUGAUGCUUGGUUACAGUUCCAUCAUCAUCAGUCAGAACUAUUAAAAUCUCAAGAAAGAGAACUCCAUAGUGCAAUAACUGUCUGUUCUGGAAAAGUAGAAAGGAAACUAAUUGAUAGAAGGAUAUAUUACGAAGGCGAUUACUUGGUAGUAAAAGAAUUGUAAUGUUCCACUAAAUUGCUUGCUGCUUCUAAUCUUUAUAAAUAAUAAUCUUUUAAUCUUCAUAAAUAAAUUUUCCGUUUUCGAAAA